GCUGAGGCGACGGCGGCGCUGGGCGGGAUGGAGUGAGGGGGCGAGCGGCGGAGAGAGCGCAGCCCACCGAGCCCCGACCCCCUCCCCCUUGCCUCUCUCUGGCCCGGGUCUAUGCGGCCCCCCAGAGACCAUGGGAUCCAGGAUCAAACAAAAUCCGGACACUACCUUUGAAGUGUAUGCAGAAGUCACCUACUCAGGAAUCAGUUGCGUUGGGAAAGAUCCUGAGGUGCGGAGGCAAUUCCCAGAGGGCUACAGUGACCAGGAAGUUCUACAGACUUUGACCAAGUUUUGUUUCCCCUUCUAUGUGGACAGCCAUGCAGUUAACCAAGUUGGGCAGAACUUUACAUUUGUGCUUACAGACAUUGACAGCAAACAGAGGUUUGGAUUCUGUCGCUUAUCUUCUGGGGCCAAGAGCUGCUUCUGUAUCUUAAGUUACCUCCCAUGGUUUGAAGUCUUCUAUAAGCUGCUCAAUAUCUUGGCAGAUUAUUCAGCAAAAGGACAGGAUAGUCAAAGGAGUGAGCUCCUAGAAACAUUUCAUAAACUUGCCAUCCCUGAGCCAGGAACCUCUGUUCAUCUUGGAGUGCACUCUUACUUUACUGUGCCUGACACCAGAGAGCUUCCGAGUAUACCUGAAAAUAGAAAUCUGACAGAGUAUUUUGUAGCAGUUGAUGUCAACAACAUGCUGCACCUUUAUGCCAGUAUGCUGUAUGAACGCCGCAUCCUCAUUUGUUGUAGUAAGCUGAGCACUUUAACUGCCUGCAUUCAUGGGUCUGCAGCUAUGCUCUACCCGAUGUUCUGGCAGCAUGUUUACAUUCCUGUUCUGCCCCCACAUCUAUUGGACUACUGUUGUGCCCCAAUGCCCUACCUCAUUGGAAUACAUUUAAGUUUGAUGGAGAAAGUAAGAAACAUGGCCCUGGAAGAUGUAGUGAUUCUUAAUGUAGACACCAACACACUGGAAACCCCUUUUGAUGACCUUCAGAGUCUUCCUAAUGAUGUGGUUUCUGCACUGAAGAGCAGAUUGAAGAAAGUCUCUACAACCACUGGAGAUGGUGUUGCGAGAGCGUUUCUCAAAGCACAAGCAUCUUUCUUUGGGAGCUACAGAAAUGCCCUGAAAAUUGAACCUGGUGAACCCAUCACUUUUUGUGAAGAAACAUUUGUGUCCCAUCGUUCUGCUGUCAUGAGGCAGUUCCUUCAGAAUGCCAUUCAGCUCCAGCUCUUUAAGCAGUUCAUUGAUGGCCGUCUGGAUCUUCUUAACUCUGGUGAGGGCUUCAGUGAUGUUUUUGAAGAAGAGAUAAAUAUGGGAGAAUAUGCAGGUAGUGACAAAUUAUAUCACCAGUGGCUCUCUACAGUAAGGAAAGGAAGCGGAGCCAUUUUAAAUACAGUGAAGACCAAAGCCAACCCUGCCAUGAAGACUGUCUAUAAGUUUGCAAAAGAUCAUGCAAAAAUGGGAAUAAAAGAAGUGAAAAACCGCUUGAAGCAAAAGGACAUUGCUGAGAAUGGGUGUUCUGUGACACCAGAGGAAUCCCUACCAAGAACAGCACCUUCACCACUGGUUGAGAAGAAGGACCCUAAAUUAAGAGAAGACCGCAGGCCAAUCACAGUACAUUUUGGUCAGCAGCAAAGACUCCGUCCGCCUCGGCCACCACCUCCAAAGAUACAGCGUUCAUCUAGGCCCGUUCGUCCACCAAGACCUCAUGUUGUUAAGAGACCUAAGAGUAAUAUUGCUGUGGAAGGACGAAGGACUUCAGUCUCCAGUCCGGAACAGCCUCAACCCUACCGGGCCCUAAAAGAAUCCGACAGUGCUGAUGGGGAAGAGGUGAUCAGCCCAGAAAAGUCCAAAGAGCCUCUGCCUCCAAGCCCUCUCCUCUCAAGCAAGGCCACAGAAAUCAACCUCCUUGAAGACAUCUUCCCAAACUUAGAAGUGGAAGCACAGCCUCAGCCUCUCAGCCAAGCCAAGAGCCUGGAAGACCUGCGGACUCCCAAAGAAGAGGGGGAUCAGCGAUGUACAUUUGAUUACCAGAGAAUGGAUCUUGGCGUGUCUGAGAGGAACAGGAUUGUGCCACCCAUGAAGCUGUCUCACGCUUACAACAAGCUGUGGAGUAUGGGUCAUGAUGACAUGGCUAUUCCGACCAAGUAUUCCCAAAGCUCACCGGAAAGGUCCUUGACUGCACUUGGUAACAUGCCGCCCAUCACAAGGAGACCCCUGAGCAAAGACAGCAUCUUGGCCCCUGCAGAAAAGGAUGAAUCAAAUCCUGCCAUUCAAGGGAACAUCACCAUUCCUAGGCCACAGGGAAGAAAGACUCCUGAACUGGGGAUAGUGCCACCACCACCAGCACCCAGGGCUUCCAAGCAUCAGACUUCAUCUGGGCCAGCAGAAAUUCUCACCCCAGGACGUAGCCAUUUGGUUUCAGAUCUUAUCCCAGAGCCCUUUGGAGCUGGUAGCAUGUCCUUAGACUCUGAAAUCCAGCAGUCUGUAAAUUACGCCUCUCGUCCAUCUCAGCUUUUGCCCAGUGCUACCAGCACUGCUGAGAUGCUCCAGCCUGUCAAGGUGCAGACAGAAAACACAGGUAACGAAAGCGACUACCUUCUUAAUUUACUGGAUCCAUUAAAAACAGCCAACUGGCAAAGCAGUGGCCCACAGCAAGGUCCCCGCAGCCUGCAGAGCUCAGCUGCUUCACCUUCUGCAGCUGGCUUUGCCUCGGUGGCAAGUGACUUUGUGCCUACUCCAGCUGUCCCAUUUGUCCAGCCACUUGGUUAUCCUUCCCCAGCACCUCCUACUUUUUUACAGCCCUCUCCUAACCCAUUCACACAAACAAUGCCAGGAGCCCUUUCGCUGUCUCUAGUUAGACCCCCAAGGGGCUCUUUUACCCCCUCUUUAGGUCAUGCCUAUAGCUCUAGCUUCAUAACCCCUAGUUCAAGCUUCUACCCACCACAAAGACCUCAACCAAAUAUUUCAACGCUCUCCAUGCCAAACUUGUUUAGCCAGGCUCCAGCCAUGCCACCGGCAAGCUCCUUACUGCUGCAGAGCCCUUCUCCUGCAGGCUCUCUGCAGCCAGCACAUUUGAGUGGUCCUCCUAAAACCAGAACGUUACAGGUGGGCCAGGCCAGCUCAAAGGUAGAUCCCAAACAAGCACUAUCUCUCCUGUCUAACGAACCCCCUUUGAUCCCUGCCAGGCCAGCUAAGGGCUUAGAGUCAGUGUUACUGUCCUCAAAAUCUGAGGAGACAAAAGAUCCAUUUGAAGAUUUGCUAAAAAAGACAAAGCAGGACGUGUCAUCUGCACCAGGUAAGGUUGAACAGCUCCGAAAGCGAUGGGAAACCUUUGAGUAACGCUCCUGAUGGCUUUUGAUGUCCCUUUGGAAUUGACAGAGGAUUUCUGGGUUUUUUUUGGAGCCAGCAUAAAACCAAGCAUUUCUUUCACAGAAGGCUUAACCAGGAGAGCUGCAGGACCAUCACUGUGCUGCAACUGACACAUGAGUGCUUUUGGCCCAGAGUUCCCCCAUUGUCCUGUUCCCUGCAGCUGCUUCCUCACUCUCCACCACUGGAAACCCCCAGGACUUGCACUGACCAAAGCAUAAGGGUAGUGGGAUUGGGUUUGGUUUGGUUUUCCACACAAAGCUUUUUCAGACAACAGAAGUUGCUCCAUCCCUUGUAUUUGCAGUCCUUGGCGCAGGUGGGAGCAUGACGUGGCACAUGCACUGGUGUGGUGUUCCCACAGGGGGAAUGGUGGUGAGGUUUUCCUGUCUUACACAAUAAGUAGAAUCUUUUGCUUUCACGUGUAAAGAGUAGCAAAGCAACCGAGCCCUGUGUGCUGCACGGGGUGCAUCUGUUAGCCUGUGAGUUCACCCUGUCUCGAAAUGCAUCUGUUCAUUUAGGUUACGAUACUGGAUAAGCUUUUAUUGCAGACUUUUAUUUCCUCCCUGGUAUACUGAGAGGUAACAGGGACUCCUCUGGUGCAGAGGUGUUGUAAGUCCUUGUUGCAACAAAACCAUGGCACAGAGCAGUUGCUCAGGGUUUGGUCCUGCAUCUCUGUUGGGAAACUGGAAACACCAGCAAUUGUUUUAAUUUGGGGGGGGGGUUGUUUGGUUUUGUUAAAUCUGUCAGAAAAUAGAGGCCAUAAAGAGUAUCCUAGUUCUUAUAUCUGUGUAUGUUAAUAUUAUAUAUAAAUACUAUAAAUGGCAGUAUAUGAAUGGAAUGUAACAAUAUCUAUCUUGGUUAUUACAAACAAAAAGAGAAAAAACUUGGGGUUUGAAAGUUCCCAGCUCAUGGGUUCGUGUUAGAGGCCAGUGUGUGGACACGCCAGCAGCGUGGUGCAGGAAUACCCACACCUGCCUUGGAAUCAGGGGUUGGAUCUGGCCUGCGCCUGGCUCUGUCAGCCCGUCCUGCAGUGCUGAGACCCGUCUGCUGGUACGAGACAGUGACUGGAUGAGGAAAUGGACUGUGAGGCCAGGAAGGAACAGCCAAGCCCUGGGAAGGUAACGGGUACGUUCAUUGGGAUUUUCUGAGACACUUCCUGUGGCAAUAGUAUUCAAGAAAUGUCACCUUCAUCUCAGCAUCCCAUCUCCAAGCUGCUGUCCCUGCAGUGAGCAUUUCUGGGUUCAUUCCGUGGUGCUUCUUCGUUUUGUUUUGUAUUUGGGCACAAUCUGCUGUAACCCAUGUUACUCUCGAAGAGGUAACCACAUCACCAUUAGCCUUUGAUAAAGGAAACCAUUUUGGACACACGGGGAAAUUCUUGUAAAGCUUUAUCUGAUUUCCAAUGUUUUAGUCACAUAAUCUUGGAAGUUUUCUUACUCAGUGUAUGACGGUGGCUGUCUCUGCGAUCGAGUCUGACGUGCCAACAGGCUGGGGAGACUGUAGUCUUACAUUAAUACUACAUUUCUGUACAGUGCUGUUCCUGACGAGCCACUCGGUUGGGUUUGUAUUUUCCUUUUGUGUUGCAGACGGAUGGUUUUAGUAUUGCAUAGUAAAAUAUUAAAAGUCUCCGAUAAGAGCUCCACUUGA